UUGCCCCCAAAGUAAGUUGCUGCUCAGCUGCUUAGCUCUCGGUUUUUUAGUACUUUUAGCGCGGUCAGGUGACUUGGGAAAAAAGUAAAUAAUUUACAAUGGGAACCGGCAGCAAGAACUAUCAGGCUCCCGAAUGGCUCACCGCGGAAUUCCUACAGGAUGUGCUGAAGGAGCACUUCAAGGAGGAGCAGCUGACGGUCACCGAGUUGAUAAUCAAGAGCGCCCAAGUUGGUGACCAGGCGGCGGGAUUUGCCAGCGAAAUGCACCGGGCCAGCUUCAAUCUUCAAAGGGGUUCAGCGGCCAAGAGCAAGUUCUCGGUGAUUGUAAAAGAUCAUCCCAAAGGGCAAACUGGUGCCGUGGCCCAGAGGAGUAAACUCUUCAAACGCGAGAUCCUGGCCUACAAGGAGGUCCUACCACGAGUCCAGGCCCUGCUCCAAUCUAUCGGAGAUCAAACGAAAAUCGCCCCCACAUGCUACUACACCACGGAAUCGCCGGAGCCGUUCUUGAUUCUGGAAGAUAUGCAGUUGUCCGGCUUCGAGAAUUUCGAGCGGGGUCGUCUGCUUAACCUAGACUACGUAUUGCCCACCAUUGAGAAGGUCGCCAAGUUGCAUGCCUGCAGCGCCCUCAUCGCCCAGGAGAGCCCAGAGGUGCUGGAGUUCUUUGACGAAGCGCCUAUCUCCCGGAAUCCCGACCGCCGUGAUUUUCUGACCUUUUUCCCAGUAAACAUUCGCUGCGUAGCCGAGGAGGUGGCUCAUUGGAAGGGCUACGAAGAGAUUACCGAGAAGAUGUUCAAACUGGCUGAGAGUGUCCUACAGAGGGCGCUGGCCAUGUUUGAGAAUUCUGGCAAGGAAUUCCGCGUUUUCAACCUCACCGAUCUGUGGAUCAACAACCUUUUGUUCCACAUCAACAACGAGACCAAGGAGCCAGACGAUGUGGUCACGUUGGACUUCCAGUUGGCUUAUGUGGGAUCCCCAACCAUUGAUCUCAACUACUUCCUAUACGGCUCUCUAAACGAGAAUGUUCGCAAAGUUCACUUUAAAUAUGUCGUUCGGGAGUACCAGAGGGUGCUCCAGCAGACCCUGGAGAAGCUAAACUAUAAAGGACACAUUCCCUCUCUUAAAGAAAUUCACAUCGAGUUGAUUAACACUAGCCUAAUGGGUGUCAUCGGAGCUACUUGCUUGACCCCCUUGAUUUUCAGGGAAGGAGCUGGUUUUGAAAACCUCGAGGACCUUAACUCCCGCACCGAGAGCGGUGAUCGUUUCCGCCGAGAAAAUGUUGAGAACCCCAAGUACCGGGCUUUCCUGCAGCGAACUAUCAAAGAGUUUGAACUCUCCGGAUUCUUGGAUGAAUAAUUGACAGAGGCGGAGAGAGUAGCUGAUAGACAGAGAGAGUAAAUUACAUUCGAUCAAAAGUAUUCGGGCUUCCAUAUAGAGUAAGCUUUAAAUGUUUCACACAUAGAGUAUUUUCCACACACAAAUAAAGUACUAGACAUUGUUUAUUAAAA